GAAGAAACAAGACAGAGAAGACAAAGAGGAUCACCACAAAGCCAAACACCUCCAUGUCAUAGUUGCACUUCCAAGAACUGAAAAAUCCACUUAGUACAUUUCUUAGAUCCAAUUUACAGUUGGCGUCUUCCCAGCAACCGUUGACAAAAACCCACCAUCUCUCCCUCUAAGCCUCGCUGCUCCUUCAUUCAAUUUCAGAUUGAUGCAUGUGUGUGUGUGUGUUCCUUUCAUCCUGGGUUUGUCAUCGGUUCCAUUGGAUUUUCUUCAUGGAAUUAUAGAGAAUUUUGUUGCAAUUCUUUCUGGAGCUUUGAAAUGAAAUGCGUGUAAGUGGGAGUGUCUUCCUUUUUAUUUAAAUGUGCUGUUGAUAGCAGAUUUUGGUUUGGUUGAACUGUGAAUUCUGAGGAGUUGGAAUUCAAUUUUCUAACUUGGGACUUCAAGAUGACUGGGAGAAAAAAUAUGGGGCGAGUAUCACCAUUCUUUUUGGUGCUCCUGUCAUUUGGAUUUUGCUUUGCUACAUAUAACUUGUUGACAUUGGUAAUACAGUAUAAGCACUCCAAUUCAGGAAAUGGAUUGGAGCUAUCUGACCCCAUUAUUACUGUGCCUCAUAAAGUAAAGAGAUUAGGGGAGUCAAAUUCGAGAUACCAUGUUGCUCUUACGGCGACUGAUUCUCCUUAUAGCCAAUGGCAAUGCCGGAUUAUGUACUAUUGGUAUAAGAAGAUGAAAGACAUGCCUGGAUCAGACAUGGGAAAGUUCACUCGAGUUCUGCAUUCAGGAAAAGCUGACAAUUUGAUGGAUGAGAUUCCAACCUUUGUUGUAGAUCCUCUUCCUGAGGGCGUGGAUCGAGGUUAUAUUGUGUUAAAUAGACCAUGGGCUUUUGUGCAGUGGCUGGAAAAAGCAACAAUUGAUGAAGAAUACAUUUUAAUGGCAGAGCCUGACCACAUAUUUGUAAAUCCUUUGCCUAACUUGGCACAUGGAGAUCAUCCAGCAGGCUAUUCUUUUUCCUACAUUAAACCAGCUGCACAUGAAAAAAUUAUUAGGAAAUAUUAUCCAGAGGAAAGGGGUCCAGUGACAAAGGUUGAUCCAAUUGGCAAUUCUCCUGUAAUAAUAAAAAAGUCCAUUUUGGAGGAAAUUUCACCAACAUGGGUAAAUAUUUCAUUAAGAAUGAAAGAUGACCAUGAGAGCGAUAAGGCAUUUGGUUGGGUGUUAGAAAUGUAUGCCUAUGCUGUAGCAUCAGCAUUGCAUGGUGUUCGUCAUGUACUUCGGAAGGACUUUAUGAUACAGCCACCAUGGGAUUUGGAAGUUGGGAAGAGGUUUAUUAUUCAUUAUACUUAUGGAUGCGACUUUAACUUAAAGGGAGAACUAACAUAUGGAAAAAUUGGAGAAUGGCGAUUUGAUAAGAGAUCCUAUCUAAGUGGUCCUCCACCAAAGAACCUCUCCUUACCCCCACCAGGAGUUCCUGAAAGUGUGGUGAGACUUGUAAAGAUGGUAAAUGAAGCUACAGCCAACAUUCCAGACUGGGACUCGAUAAACCGUGGUUGAAAUUGAAUUCAGAUCACAAGUUCGUUGAUCUUCUGUUCAGUAUGAUGGAAUCCUCCAAUGGAGAAUCAUUCAUACUAUUUACAGGAUAACAAAAUAGUGGUAUAGAUAGAAAACUAUAGGAGAGUUUUUACAACUUAUAGGAGGAUUUUGUAAUUUUGACAUGGAAGGAAGGCCACUGAAUUCUUUUUGUAAGCAUCUUCACAUUGAAAUUAUUGUUGAGCUUUGAAUAUUUCAGACCUGUAAAUACCAACAGGUCUUUGACGGCCUUGUCAGUAUAGUAUAAUGGUGGCUCGUGAGGCAGUUUCUGC